AUACAUAUGUAUCGUUGUCUUUAUCUAAUACACAGCUCGUCCAUAAGGUAAGAAAAGGAUGGCAGAUAGUGUUAAAACAUAUGUAUUCUGAAUUGGAAACUAUGUCGAAGCACUAUGGAAGAUAAAGGAGCUCGUUCAAUCCGGUACAAAACAAUGGCAGUUAAGUACGUGGCUGUCAUUAAUUUGGUUAUUUGUUGGCAAUAAUGUGAGAAAUAUUACGACAAUACGCCCACACGUCUAUCGAGUAUUGAUAACACGUUUACGACAGAUUCUUUUUUAUUAAAACCGCAUGUACAAAAAUAGUACACGUAUACAAAAUGAGCAUUCUUCGAAAGAAGUUAAAUGAUUUCGAUGAUGUUCUCAAUGCCGACGAAAUUGAUUUAACGAGUUUACAGCGAAUAUGUUUUCAUGGAAUACCGGAUGAGGGUGGUUUGAGACCAUUAUGUUGGAAACUGUUGCUUAAUUAUUUACCACCGAACAGAGUUAGUUGGUCAGAAACAUUAACGUGCAAGAGGGAACUCUAUAAAACAUUCAUCGAGGAUCUUAUUGUUACUCCUGGGGAGACUAAUGUUGAUGGGGAAAGAGUCGAUGUAACAUUACAUGAUCAUCCUUUAAAUUUGAAUCCGGAUAGCAAGUGGCAAACAUAUUUUAAAGAUAACGAAGUCUUGUUGCAAAUAGAUAAAGAUGUUAGGAGAUUAUGUCCAGACAUAUCGUUCUUCCAACAAGGUACGGAUUAUCCUUGUCAAGAUAUAGUUAACAACAGCGGACAAAAGCGCUUACAUCAUAGAGUACAGCAUACCGUUCUUAGAAGUGCCAAUGUUGAAAGAAAAGGUCUUGGAGUAACUAAGCAGAUAGCAGUAUCAGUUAGGAAAGCUGCAGAAGACUAUGCACCAUUAGCCGAAGGUGGUGAGGCUCAUUGGGAAGUCUUGGAGAGAAUAUUGUUCCUAUAUGCGAAAUUAAAUCCUGGUCAAGGAUAUGUACAGGGUAUGAACGAGAUUGUUGGUCCUAUUUAUCAUACAUUUGCUUGUGAUCCAGAUCAAAAAUGGCGUGAACAUGCCGAGGCUGAUACAUUUUUCUGUUUCACCAAUUUAAUGGGAGAAAUACGUGAUUUUUUCAUUAAAUCUUUAGACGAAGCAGAAUUUGGUAUCAAUUCGAUGAUGAAUAAAUUGACUUUGCAAGUUAAGGACAAUGAUCCUGAUAUUUGGGUACGAUUGCAUCAACAAGAGUUAUGUCCUCAGUAUUACAGCUUUAGAUGGCUCACCUUACUUCUUUCGCAAGAAUUUCCAUUACCCGAUGUAAUGAGAAUUUGGGAUUCCUUGUUUGCUGACGAGAGUAGAUUCAGUUUUUUGAUACACAUUUGUUGUGCCAUGAUUCUAUUAUUGCGGGACCAACUUUUGACUGGUGAUUUUGCAACGAAUGUAAAGCUCUUGCAAAAUUUUCCAUCGAUGGAUAUUCAAAUUGUGCUUUCCAAAGCAGCUGCACUGGCAGGCAAGACCUUAAAUACUCCUUAACGAAUGAUCAUCUUAAUGCCCUCGUGAAUACGUGACUAGUUUCUGGUAAAGCAACGAGACGUACGUUUUUUUCAAUUACAUUUUUUCUUCCUAUGCAAUAUAGUAUUGUUAAUUAUAUUGUUAUAUGUCAAUUAUAUAUAUAUGUAUAUAUUUAUAUAUAUAUUGGCAGCAAUGCAAUAAUUAUGAUCGUUUGAAGAGAUCGAAUCGGGAGACUCGUCAAAUGAGAUACAUAAUAUAUAUACAAUUUAUGUAUGUAUAUAACGUAACUCAUUCUACUUAAUAAGAAAGAGUUUAUAAUGAUUAUCAAAAGUCAAAUAUUUACGUUUAGGGCAUUUAGCGAUUAAUCGUUACGUCUCUGUCCAUGGAAAUCAUCUAACGAGAUAAGAAUAACGAUACAGCAACGUUGUUUUAAAAUAAUCUAAAAGAAAAGAAACGUAUAACUGUAUAUCGAUACGUUAUCAAUGGUCUGAUCUUGUAACAUUUUUCUAACGAUUAGACUACAAUAGGAUAUUGUCACGUACGCGUGCAAUAAGUACGUAAUGCGUUUCAUCGGAAUAUCAUAUUUUGUACGUCUUAUUUUUCUAAUGAUCUGCGGCCAUUCGUUCUACGUUUAUAAAAUAAACAAUGUUAUAUUUGCA